CGCCGUUGGAGGUAAGGUGGCGGCGGAGGAAUGGUGUCAUGCAGUCGAGAAUAAACUAAGGGGAGUGGGCCGACCAGACGAUCUCGACUACUCAUCGGGCCUGGCAAAAGUUCUCUGAGGAAUCUGUGACAUUGUCGCAUCAACCAUCUGUUAGACGAAGUUAGAUAGUGAAACAACUUUCUACAGAGCCAGCAAAGGCUAUCUACUAACCAUUGAAGAAUUGUUUUAUGGUGCUCUUACCAGUUCUGAAUUAGACUCUUUCUUGUGCCAGAAUGUCAUUGGAUGGAGUUCAACAAGAUCAUGGUCGUGGCAUGAAGAAAGACAAUCAUAAUAUUGGAUUCUUUCCGUCUGCAAAUGCCCAUGCAAAUCUUGGGAGAAUGAACCAAGGUGCACGAAUGGGUGGCUAUCUGAAUUUUGGACGUGGUCAGGCAAUGGGCCUACAAGCUAUGGAACAAAUGCAUCAGAAUAUAAUAUCUUCAGGUAUUGGGCCUUCUCGAUCCAGCAGUGGUUUGACUACUUUGUUUGAUAUGAGCAGCCGUAAUCAGCCUUCACUUGCCGCUCAGAAACGGAUUGAUGCGGACAAGGCCAGUAAUAUUUUGGCAACCUUUGGCCUUUCAUCCAGAGACUUGGAUGAACUGAGCCGCUAUCCUGCAGACAAACUUACUCCUGAAUCCUUGCCAGACAUUCUUUUGCAACUUAAAAGAAAAAGAAAUAAUGUUGGAGCAUCUUUGAAUUACAACAGAGGUGACAUUUCUCCUCGGGAAGAUAGAUCCUUCAGAGGAUCCCAUAGUGAGUGGCAGGAAGAAAGGCGCUUUCGGAAUAAUUUUGAAGGCCGUGAUCCUGAUGCUGAUCCUGUGGUCAAUUAUGACCAUGGUUCUUCUCGAGAGCUGAGUUUUAGAUAUUAUGACAGGAAGGACUAUGAGCCUGAACGAUUACGAGGUGAUGACUUCCGUAGGGAUGAUACGCAUUUGUCUGACCCAAUGUAUAAAUAUGAUUCUGAUUAUGGAAAAAUGGGGCCGCCUUCUCGUGGCCAAGAAAGGUCCCUUUUUGAAAGAAAACGAGGAUCUCCUUCACUGAGCAACAUAAACGAUUACCAUGGCUUCUUGCCAAGAAUGUUCCCUCACUUGUGUUCGCUGUGUGAUGUAAAUGUUCAUUCUGUAAAGGAGUGGAACCAGCAUAAGCAUGAACCAGCACACAAAAGGCGUUGCUUGCUGCUCUUGGAGAUUUACCCUCAAUGGGUUCCAGAAGAUGUACCAUCUGCAAGGAACAAUCCUGCUCGACAGUCCAAUCUUGCUUCAGAUGCUGCGUCUGCAAUUCUUGCAGCCAUCAGACGAUUGGAUGCACUGGACCCUCAUGGAGGCAACAGACAAGGUCAAAUCCAGAACAAGCGAAACAUGGCAGUGGGUGAACCUGGCCAAGUACUUCAUAUGACGGAAUUGCCCAAAGGAAAAUGCAAAGUGAAAGACAUUCUCAAACUUGCUCAACCAUUUGGAUCUAUUGCAAAGUACUUGCUUUUAAAUACAAAGAGCGAGGGGUUUGUACAAAUGGCCACAAGUGGACAAGCACAAGCAGCAGUCGCCUACUACAGUAUGAAUCCAGCAAUUCUUUAUGGCAAGAAGGUUCGAGUGGAUAUAUCUCUCAAAUACAAAGAGAUAGAUUUGAAGAAGCAAAAACAAGAAAGUGGUGGCAGGGUGGCGCUUCUCCAGAAUCUCCCUCCCUCUGGGUACUCGGAUGCUGAUGUUGUGAAAAUGGGCACCAGCUUUGGGAAAGUACUUAAUUACAUCGUGAUGAGACUGAGGAACCAGGCCUUUCUGGAAAUGGAGUCAAGAAAAUGUAUGUUAGAAAUGGUUAAAUACUACAAGAAAAAACCUCUAAUAUUUCAAGGUAGAAAGAUAACAGUGGAUGCAUCUCAGAAAUACAGAACUCUUGUACUGAAGAAACCAAGCAUUAAAGUUCAAGAAGUGUUGAAGGACCAGGAUAAAGCAGAUAGAAGAAGACGACAUUCCCGCAGUCCUUCUAAGAAGAAAGUACUUAGCAAAUCUAGAAACUCUCCAAAAGCUGAUGGAGAUGAUGGAGAUAAAGGAGAGCAGACAACCUCGGAGAGUUCACCUUCAAAAGCAAUCAAGAAAGAUAGCUCUGAGGGAGAUAAUGAACUAGAAAUUAAAUCUGAAGCAAAAAAGGAAGAUUCACAAGAAGCAAUUGCAGUUGUUGAAAGCGAUGUGGAACUUGAUGAAGGAGGCAUGGUUGAGGGGCUCUGCAUUAGUGAAUCAGAGAAUGAAGCUGAUCAAGAAGAUUUACUGAAGGAAACGGUACAUGAGAUGGCAGGAUCUGACUUGGAACCAGAUUCGAAAACAGACAUGGCAACAAGCGUGCAAAAUGCAUCGGGACCAGCUGAAACGGUGCCAGCUGUUCAAAGGAGCAAAACAAAUCAACAGGCAUCAUCCCAGUCUUUUCAAAAUGAAUGCAAAGCCAACAGUACUCAAGCGGACUCUGAUCGGUGCAGUUCCACUAUAAAAAAGCGGAAGAGAGGACGCCGCAGUGGUGUAAAACUUCGCCUAAGGAUGCAGAGAAAACUGACUAUGCAGUCUCUGGAUUUGAAGCAAGAAUGCUUUCCUGAAAACAUAGAUGAAUUUGUAACUGUGGAUGAAGUUGGUGAUGUGGAAGCUGGAAAUUUGGAUCUGGAAGAUCUGACACCGUGUGCAGAGAGUAGUAAACUGGAAACUGAUGAAGCCAAUGUAAGCAUUUUAACAGAGAAAUCAGAGGACACCACUGAACAAAAAGAAGAGGAUGUAGAGAAACCUAAGAUAAAACAUGGUCAAAAGAGGGGAAUGAACAUCAAAACUAAAAGAACAGAAGGUGACCAAAAAGAUGGUAGUGAAGAUGGAAAUGAACUGAUUGACAGUAAGAUGGAAUCAGAUGAAAAGAAUGAAAUGCAGGGAGAGACUGUCUCAACUUGUGCAGAACCAGAAAGCAAGCGUGCUCGAUCACGAUCUCCUACUCCAGAUGAGUACCGACUUGGACUAUAUCAGCCCAACAAUCCUGUAGGACUAGACUAUGUGGUUCCAAAGACUGGAUAUUACUGCACACUCUGCUGCCUCUUUUACACAAAGGAGGAAGUGGCAAAGAAAACCCACUGUAGCAGCCUGCCUCAUUAUCAGAAGCUGAAGAAAAUGUUGGACAAGCAAGCUGAAGAUUACCGGAAAUCUAAAAGAGAACAAAGCCCUGAAGUGCAGAUCGAAGAAAUAACUGACCAGUGAUUCUACUUAUGAUAAUCUGUAACAUCUAACCUAUUAGCUGGCAAUUCUUUUAGCAUCCUGAUUUUAUUGGUUAUUAUUUUUGCCCUUCUAACAAUGUUUAGAUGUCUUAAUUUUGUAAUGUACAGACAUGCAUGAAUGGAUUGGCAACAGUGAUUUUGUUUGCAGUAACUAUUUGUUAAAUAAGUAAGUUCUCAGGAUAGGGACAGUCAGCUUUCAAGGGUAUUGAAGUGAUGGGAAUUGAUGGAUUUCUAAGUUAUUGUUAGAAUAUCAGUUCUUGAGUUAUCCCAGGAACUGCUUUGGGUCAAGUACCAUAUCUGGGUUACUUUAUCUAAGGAAGAUGGUGAAUUUUGUAAGGUAGUAAUUUGAAAAUAUCUGGCAAAUGUCAAGUUUUAUUGUUGCGGGUAAAAGAAAAUAGCUUACCAAGAAUAAGUUACAUGAUUACUGAAAUCUGUAGAAAUAUCUAAUAUUCAUUUGUUGUCCCAUAUUUGUACAGUAAUGAAGCUUGCAUGGCAUUGGUAUUAAAGGGUAAAGAAAGGAUGAAUGCGGUGUUGAUGGUGAGAUCUUUGAGCCAUAAAAAUGGUAGAAAUCCUGAUAAUUUUGUAAAGCAAUAUACUCUGCAACUGUUAAAAGUAAAGACCAAAAUACAAUUAUAUAUUUCUUUAAUUUGAACUAAUGUCAAUCUUUUGUUUUUCUAAUGUGGAAGAUCGGAGUUGCUGGAAGUUGAGAAGCCAAUUUCAGUCUUCAAGUUGUAAAACUUUGGUUCUAGUAAAUUGUUUAUUUAGAUCUGUUUAAAAUAAAAGCCUUGCAAGUUAACACCAAAAUCAAUCCACAGUUUUGGUUUUUGCAAUGUCUCAUUUAUGCUGCAUUUGCUGAGGGAAUUAUUUAUUGACUAACAUAUGAAUUACUUUACAACUUUGACUUUUCAACAAAAUACACAUCUUACAAAAAUGAUUUUUAACAAAUUUAUUAAAUUUGACCACAAGAUAUAGGUGCCAUGUGGCCUAUCAAAUCUGCUCUGACAUUUGGUAACAGCUGAUAUAUUUUCUCUCUCAGCCCCAUACUCCUCUGUCUUCUCCCUAUAACCUUUGACACUCUUACCAAUGAAGAACCUGUUAACCUCUGCUUUAAGACUUGGUCUUUGUCGCCAUUUCCAUCUGAGGAAACAAAUUCAAUUGAUUCACCAUCCUCUGGCUAAAGAAAUCCCAAAUGGCUUAAGAAUGAUUCCUCUAAAGCACAAGCUUUAAUUAUAGUCAAAUUGAAAUUCUGUCUUGGUAAGAAAUGUUCUGAAACUAGGAACAUUAAUUGUUAAUAUUAGUCUUGAAGAAUCACUGCAGUUUGUUUCCAUUAAAACUAAUUUUAAGUUUUUAUUUUUGUAGGAGGUAGUUGGAUUACUUUACAUAAUUCGGAAUAAGAUUGCAGGAAAGGAAUUUUGCAUUAAAAUGUUGUUUCUCUUGAAUUACCUGAAAUUGUAUAGUACUGUAUAGUAUUCAUUUCUGAAUGAUAAAACCAACUUGUAUUAGUUACCAAUGAUCCAUGCAGAUUGUCAAAAAUUGCUAACAAAAUGCAUAUUUACUUGACCACAGUACUUUUAAAAAAUCAAAUGCACUCAGAAUUGAAUAAGUUUCCAAAAAGUCAGUGUCCCUUGAUUUGUCCUGUUAUAAUCUUGUAAACAAGUGAAUUUGAGCAACUUUUUGCAAAACAUGCAUUUAAACAAAUAUUACUUUAAUAACUCAUUCUUCCGAGUUAAGGUUAUUCCAUUGCCAGCGUGCUGAUGAUAUUGUUAAAAUUUUUGGGUUUAAUCAAGAGGCAACAGAGUAUGAAAUCUGCUGUUAUGUCAUGUUUGGGUUAAGUAGUUUUGUAAUUCUUCAAAUAUAGCUCCAGGUUUCAAUGAUUGCUUGAGUUCAUCUGCUUUUGCUUUUUCUGUUGAUAAAGAAACGUGUAAUUUAGGAUUUUCGGGACAGUUUUAGCUUGGAAUUAGAUUGAUUAUAUUUGUAACUGAGUUAAUUAUAGGUUACUACACAUUACUUUCUUUUGACUUUCCUAAUACUUGCAUGUUAGACUAUCAUUCCAUUACAAAAUGUCAAUUCUAUUUGCUUGAAUUUUUGGUUUUGCUAAUAAAAUUAUUUAGAGGCGCCAUAAGGAAUUUCAUUUCUGACCCUGAUGUCGUCUUUGUUUUGUUGUAAAUGAUGUAAGAGUCUAAUGCUUAGACACCAAGGUGUAUUGAUCUGCAUGUCCUGUAUUGGAUAGAAUUCAUCUAUCAGUGUACACUCUUAAUUAUUCAAUAUUUCAACCUUUGAAUUUGGAAGAUCAUCUUGCUCCAUGGUUUAAAUGAAUCGGACCUACAUCAGUGCCUAUUUGUUGUUUAUUUUUAUAUUAUUUACAGCAUAGAAUUAAACUGCAAAGAAAUGGGUUAUUCAGCCUAUCUCUCACCUUAAACCUACGUCCUCUAGUUUUAUCUUCCCUACCCUUGGAUAAAGAGCAUUACCAUUCAAGUUAUCUAUGCCCUUAUCAAACU